AGCAGCGCUGCCGCCGCCGCUGCAGCCCGACCCGGAGGAGGGAGAAGCCAGGAAGAAAAUGGCGGCCGUGGCUGCAGAGGCGGCAGCGACUGCAGCGUCCCCCGGGGAGGGGGGCGCCGGCGAGGCUGAGCCGGAGAUGGAGCCCAUCCCCGGCAGCGAGGCCGGCACGGACCCCCUCCCGGUCACGGCCACUGAAGCAUCGGUGCCUGACGGCGAGGCCGACGGCCAGCAGUCCUCUCCUCAGGCCGACGAGCCGCCGCUCCCGCCACCGCCGCCGCCGCCGGGGGAGCUCGCCCGCAGCCCCGAGGCGGCGGGGCCGGAGCUGGAGGCUGAGGAGAAGCUGCCCGCCCGGGUGCUGGAGCCGGCGGGAGCCGCGCCUCAGGAAGGGCCCGACCCUCCGCCUUCCCCUGCCCCGUCGCCGGAGCAGCCCCCGGCUCCCGAGGAGCGCCCGGACCCGCCGCUGCCCCAGCCCGCAGCCCCGGCGCUCGUGCCGCCGGCGGGCGGGGACUCCGCGGUGUCGCAACUCAUCCCCGGCUCGGAGGUGCGGGUCACGCUGGACCACAUCAUUGAGGACGCGCUCGUCGUGUCGUUCCGCCUCGGGGAAAAGCUCUUCUCCGGGGUCCUCAUGGAUCUGUCCAAAAGGUUUGGGCCCCAUGGGAUCCCUGUGACAGUAUUUCCCAAAAGGGAAUAUAAGGAUAAACCUGAAGCCAUGCAGCUCCAAAGUAAUACAUUCCAAGAAGGGACAGAAGUCCAGCGUGAAGCGAGUGGUGCUGUUCCUGGGGAUCCCUCUCCUGUCCCGCCUCCCGAGCCGAGCUUGGCUGAAAGCCUGUGGACUUCCAAACCACCUCCUCUCUUCCACGAAGGAGCACCUUAUCCUCCCCCUUUGUUUAUCAGGGACACAUAUAACCAAUCAAUACCUCAGCCACCUCCUCGGAAAAUUAAACGACCCAAACGAAAGAUGUACAGGGAAGAACCUACUUCAAUAAUGAAUGCUAUUAAACUACGGCCCAGGCAAGUCCUGUGUGACAAAUGUAAAAACAGUGUUGUUGCUGAAAAAAAGGAAAUUAGAAAAGGUAGUAGUGCAAGUGACUCUUCUAAAUAUGAAGAUAAAAAACGGAGAAAUGAAAGCGUAACUACUGUGAACAAAAAACUGAAAACUGACCAUAAAGUGGAUGGGAAAAACCAAAAUGAAAGCCAGAAAAGAAACGCUGUGGUUAAGGUUUCAAAUAUUGCUCACAGCAGAGGCAGAGUAGUCAAAGUUUCUGCUCAGGCCAACACAUCAAAAGCUCAGUUAAGUACUAAAAAAGUGCUCCAGAGUAAGAACAUGGAUCAUGCAAAAGCUCGGGAAGUGUUGAAAAUUGCCAAAGAAAAGGCACAAAAGAAGCAAAGUGAAACCUCUACGUCCAAAAAUGCACAUUCAAAAGUCCAUUUCACACGCCGCUAUCAGAAUCCUAGCUCAGGUUCCCUUCCACCCCGGGUUCGUUUAAAACCACAAAGGUACAGGAAUGAAGAAAAUGACUCCUCUCUGAAGACAGGACUUGAGAAAAUGCGGAGUGGCAAGAUGGCACCCAAGCCCCAGUCUCGCUGCACCUCUACCCGCUCAGCAGGUGAGGCCCCUUCAGAAAAUCAGAGUCCCUCAGACGGCCCUGAAGAGGCCAGCUGUGAGGUUCAGGACACAAACGAAGUGCUUGUGCCUGGUGAGCAGGAGGAACCACAGACACUGGGCAAAAAGGGCAGCAAAAGCAAUAUCUCUGUUUACAUGACCCUAAAUCAAAAGAAAUCUGACUCUUCCAGUGCUUCAGUGUGUAGCAUUGAUAGCACAGAUGAUCUGAAAUCCUCCAACUCUGAGUGUAGUUCUUCUGAAAGCUUUGAUUUUCCUCCAGGCAGUAUGCAUGCACCUUCCACCUCCUCCACUUCCUCCUCUUCAAAGGAAGAGAAAAAGCUCAGUAAUUCCUUGAAAAUGAAAGUCUUUUCCAAAAACGUCUCUAAAUGCGUCACACCAGAUGGCAGGACCAUAUGUGUAGGGGACAUUGUUUGGGCCAAGAUAUAUGGCUUCCCUUGGUGGCCAGCCCGUAUUCUUACUAUAACUGUGAGCCGGAAAGAUAACGGCCUUUUAGUUCGACAGGAGGCCCGUAUUUCAUGGUUUGGGUCUCCAACAACGUCUUUCCUUGCUCUUUCGCAACUCUCCCCCUUUUUAGAAAACUUCCAGUCACGCUUUAAUAAGAAGAGAAAGGGCCUGUAUCGCAAGGCUAUCACAGAGGCAGCUAAGGCUGCCAAGCAGCUGACCCCUGAAGUGCGGGCUCUGUUGACACAGUUUGAAACGUGAACAUGGACAGUAAGGUAGGCAAGAACCAUUGGAAGGCGCCACAGAUCUCCUAAUUUAGUUAGGAGUAACUUCUAUGAAAUAGCCUGGCCAAAUUGGAGAGAGAAAUUGCACUCAGUUGGCUGCUUUUUUUAUACUUACCUUAUAGCCAUUUUUAGACUGAGAAGCUUAAACUGAACAAGCAAUCAAAUUUUGUCUUAAGGAAGUGAGAUUUUAGCAGUAUUUUUCAGUUUUGACGUCUAAAACCAUCCCAAGGCAUAGGAGCCAUAGCCUCAACUGAAAAUGAAUUUUCGCAGGGACUGUUAAUUGCCAUUUGUACCUAGUACUGUGUGUAUGUGUGUAUAUAUAUACAGACACGUACAUAUAUGUGUGUGUAUAUACACAUAUAUAUAAAAUAUAGCCUGUCACUAUGUGACACAGGUUGCAUAUUCGGGAUUGCAGUAAGGGCUGGUGAGCUGGGGGGAAUAGUGUGGAUAUUUAAUGACUACUUGCUUUUUAAUUAACGAACAUAGCCUUUCUAUGUGCAUAAUGGUGCAAGAAUGGCGCAUAGGUGUCUGAAAAACUGAGAUGCUUGCUAUUCAGUUGCAGACUGGGUAACUAUCCCAGUAUUUGAGAUUGAGACUGUCACAGCUGGCUAGGUUUGAAUCAUCACUCUCUCUCUUUCGUCCAAUGGUUAUUUAACAAAAACUUUCAAACUUCUGGUUUGGGAGUUUAGAUAGCUUUGUCUUUGGAUAUGUAAAUAGUCGAUUGCUGAAUUUGGUCAGAUUUCCUGACUGGCUGUUCCUAAAUUCUUAGGAUACGUCCUAGUAAAUUACACUUUGUGAAUUAAUUGUCAUAUGUGUAAUUGUUGCAUUUUGGAUGUACCUAAUUUGAUAAUUUUUAAAAAAUAUUUUCAUUUAAGGUAUCUGUUUGCAGGUCAGAAAAUGAGAAAAUGUAAUUGUGUAAUGCUCUGAAAUGUAAAAAAACAAGCUGUAAAUAAAAUCAACUAAAUCCAAAUUAUUUGUGUGUGUUUCUCAAAAAGCUUUGAAAAAUUUCAAGUUGGUAGAAAAUUAUUCUUUGUAAUAGUGUGUAGACGAAGUGAAAAAUCAAACUUUUAUUUU